UGGAAACAGACAAUUAUUAUAAUGAACUGAACGGCGCCAGGGCUGCUUGUGAUAAAUUAUGUCAAGGCAUCGCUCGUUCAUCUAUGAUCGGAUCAGUAGCUCCAUGAUUCAUUAGUUCUGCUUGUAUAUAUGCAGCCUUCAUCAUGUUCAUGGGAACCCAUCGCGCAUAAAGUUGAGAUGGGCAUAUCAUGAUGUUUGAUCACGGUGUGUAAUGAUGAUGAUCAUGUACCUAUGUAUCAAUGGAUAUCUGGAAAUAUGUAUACAUGUAUAAUAGGAUAGUGAUAGCGUUUAUAGGGCUUGCAAUAGCGGACAUGGGUUGACUCUCCGCUUAGCAGUCAACGGUUGAUCUAUAACGGCAAAAAUUUAUCAAUUCCUACAGCAUUCAUGAAGUCAUCUAUCUCAAGCCGACUGAUUGAAGGUUGAAAAUGGAAUCUUCGCCUCGUUUCCAUCUAUUAAUCGUCUGCCUCGCUGCAUUUCUUGGAAGAAGUUUAGCUGAUAGUGAAGGCGACUUGCGCCUAGUUAACGGUACGGCAUUAUACGGACGUCUAGAGAUCUACUAUAACUCAACAUGGAUGACAAUAUCGAAUAAAAACUUACGAGGAUCUCCUUCUCGAGUGGCAUGUCGACAGCUUGGUCUACCUUUCACAGAGGCCGAAUUUGUACGGGAUAAAAGAAUCCUCACACCAUCUGACUCGGAGAAGGUUCUGGUGACAUGGAUGAUCUGUCGUGGAGGCGAAGACAGACUUACUGAAUGCAAUAGUUUCGACUGGAACCCUGUGCCGUUUUACACACAUGAUGAAGACUUUGCCAUCUUUUGCAAAGGAGAGUUCUUCCCAACUGGUGGACUCAGAUUAGCCGAUGGCUUGGAUCACCGCAGAGGGCGUCUUGAACUGUAUUCUGGACUUCGUUGGACACCAUUCUGUCUUGUUGGGUUCCAGAUAAAAGAAGCGGUGGUAGCAUGUCGUCAACUCGGAUUCAAUACAUCCCAACCCUACAUCUAUAACAGUGAUUACUUUGGCCCACCGUCUGGUGCACUCAGUAGACUUUACAUUGCCCAGUGCACUGGGGAUGAGGAGGAUAUACCUUCCUGCGAUGAGUUGUACACCGCAUAUUCAAGUGAAGAAUGCAGCGUGUCACAAGACUCUCUCAGCAUCUGCUGUUCCCGGGAUUUAGACUCGUGCAAACCCAAAGUAGAGAUGAGUAAUGGUGAGUUUGCAGGUAGUCUUCUAGCAGUUAUACUACUUCCGAUUACACUAUGCGCCGGUUGUUACAUCGCGUGCAAGAAACCGUGCAGUAGACGAUGCAAGAAGAAGCCCAAACCUCCACAGCAAUACAAUGCAGUGUCUCUUGGGGCUGACGGUGGAGGUCCAAAUCAAUUUCCGAUGGCAUCAUCUGAAGAUCAGAAAGUACCUGUCUACAUUCAUACCAAUGCGGAUGGGGCUCCUGUUUCAAGUUGUGACCCAUCUGGGUUGUCUCCACCUGCACCUGCUGCUAGUAAUACCCCAUACCCUCCGCAGAGUAAUCCAUAUUCGGCUGGACAAGUACCACCACCUGCAGCAGCUGGUUGUACCCCGUACCCUUCACAACACCCCUAUCCUUACCACUCUGGACAGGCUCCUCCACCAGCAGGUGUAUAUCCUACUCCUCCUCUACAACCAGGUUACAAUCCCACCGCUGCCACUGGUACAUACCCAGCUGCACCUUAUCCUCCACAGGCUGCAUCCACUGGACCAGCUUAAGGUGCUUCAUCUCCAGAACAGCUUGUCAUAUCCGACCAAAGGAGAUGUAGAUCACACAUUAACUUCUCAUGCAGCAAGUGGGACACCGAGCGCACAUCCGAUGGAUAUGAACGGUGUGCAAAGGGAAAUCCCAAGUGCGCUCCCAUUUUAUUAGAUGAUGACAAUUAAUGACCUUAAAGAUAUCUAUUUCAGAAUUCAGCGAGCUUCUCAAAUAACUCUUGACAUUUAAUGAACAAAAUGAAUAUCUUCUGGACGUAUAAUACCGUUUUCAGUUACUCAUGACUUUCAUUGGUCCGCACCAGGCCUGCACUACAAUAGUCCGUACCCCGGGUCCGCAUCACAGACAUUGAGUAACUAUAGCAGAGUCGUGCUACUUUUACGAUCACCCAUUCAGAGACUCGGGCACACAAGGGAUGACUGUCAUGGUAACUGAACACGCUAUAUACAGAGAGAAAGUUACACUGCAGGCCCCUAUGCUAAUGAGCAAGAUUUAUUAAUACAAAUAUAUCUAUUUACGUAAUAAUAACAUGCUAAUGAACCAGCUGCAAUUGUUCAUAUUUUCCGAACAAUGACGUUCCCUUGUACAUUCCUUUCAAACCUUCUGAGUGUGGCCUUCAAGAGCUUAUGGGAUUUUAUUUUAAAAAAGUGAUUUCAUUUUUUAUUGAUUUUAUUAUUUUCUCAGGGAAAUGAAAAUUUGAGUUUGCUUUCUCCGAUCAACUGUUUGUUAUGCGUACGAAACAUAAGAAUAACAUGUGUGUGGCUGUAAAUGAGUAUGCAAAAGUGUGUCCAUUAACGUGUGAUUUCUUAGUUUUAUCAUUUAGUCGGGAUAAACAUUCUUUUUUUUCAACCAAACAUUAUAAAUGUAUGAUUAUUUUUACUUUUGUUGGUUUAGAAUUAAUUCAUUUUAUGUUAUUUAUGAUCGCAAAAGGUUCCCCGACAAAGUUAAUCGAAAAAAACAAAGGUUUGAAAAAACAUAGAAAUACACAAGAAUUUUUUAAACA